CGGUGUCCGCGCCUCCCCGCCCGCCCCGAUUUCCUCCGCGCAGUGGCGGCGGUGGUGGCGGCGGCGGCGCCUCGUGCGUGCGGUUAUUUAUUUAUUUCCGGGCUCCAGAGCGCUUAUAAUGGAGCCGCUGUCAACAGAACCUUCUGCUGCCGCCACCGCCGCCGCCGCCACCGUCCCUCCUCUUUUUUUUCCCGGCAGAUCUUUGUUGUGUGGGAGGGCAGCAGGGAUGGACUUGAGCUUGCGGAUCUCCUGCUAGAGCCGCGGCACUUGGAGAGGACGCUGCCGCCGCCGCCGCCGCCGCCUCGAGGCCCCGCCGGCCUGCGUCCGCCCGCGCCCCUGCCCGCUCGGCCCGCUCGCCCCGCGCCUCCCCGCAGAGUCCCCUCGCGGCGGCAGAUGUGUGUGGGGUCAGCCCACGGUGGGGACUAUGGUGAAAUUCCCGGCGCUCACGCACUACUGGCCCCUGAUCCGGUUCCUGGUGCCCCUGGGCAUCACCAACAUAGCCAUCGACUUCGGGGAGCAGGCCUUGAACCGAGGCAUCGCGGCUGUCAAGGAGGAUGCAGUGGAGAUGCUGGCCAGCUACGGGCUGGCCUAUUCCCUCAUGAAGUUCUUCACGGGCCCCAUGAGUGACUUUAAAAACGUGGGCCUGGUGUUCGUGAACAGCAAGCGGGACCGAACCAAAGCCGUCCUGUGCAUGGUGGUGGCCGGGGCCAUCGCCGCCGUCUUUCACACCCUGAUAGCCUACAGCGACCUGGGCUACUACAUCAUCAACAAACUGCACCACGUGGACGAGUCCGUGGGGAACAAAACGAGAAGGGCCUUUCUGUAUCUUGCUGCCUUCCCUUUCAUGGAUGCGAUGGCAUGGACCCAUGCUGGCAUUCUCUUAAAACACAAGUACAGCUUCCUGGUGGGAUGUGCCUCAAUCUCAGAUGUCAUUGCUCAGGUCGUUUUUGUAGCCAUCCUGCUUCACAGUCACCUGGAGUGCAGAGAACCCCUGCUCAUCCCGAUCCUCUCCUUGUACAUGGGUGCCCUGGUGCGCUGUGCCACCCUGUGCCUGGGCUACUACAGGAACAUCCACGACAUCAUCCCCGACCGGAGCGGACCGGAGCUGGGGGGAGAUGCGACCAUCAGGAAGAUGCUGAGCUUCUGGUGGCCAUUGGCUCUCAUCUUGGCCACACAGAGAAUCAGCAGGCCUAUCGUCAACCUCUUUGUUUCCCGGGACCUUGGUGGCAGUUCUGCAGCUACGGAGGCGGUAGCAAUUUUGACAGCCACGUACCCUGUGGGUCACAUGCCAUAUGGCUGGUUGACGGAAAUCCGCGCUGUCUACCCUGCUUUUGACAAGAAUAACCCCAGCAAUAAACUGGUGAGCACAAGCAACACGGUCACGGCGGCCCACAUCAAGAAGUUCACGUUCGUGUGCAUGGCCUUGUCGCUAACGCUCUGCUUUGUGAUGUUCUGGACCCCCAACGUCUCCGAGAAAAUCCUGAUAGACAUCAUUGGUGUGGACUUCGCCUUUGCAGAACUCUGCGUCGUUCCUCUGCGAAUCUUCUCCUUCUUCCCGAUCCCAGUCACCGUGAGGGCCCAUUUCACUGGGUGGCUGAUGACACUGAAGAAGACCUUCGUCCUGGCCCCCAGCUCCGUGCUGCGGAUUAUCGUCCUCAUCACCAGCCUUGUGGUCCUGCCCUACCUGGGGGUACACGGAGCCACCCUGGGCGUGGGCUCCCUCCUCGCGGGGUUUGUGGGAGAAUCCACCAUGGUCGCCAUCGCCGCAUGCUACGUCUAUCGGAAACAGCAAAACAGCCUGUGAUCCUUCCGCUGACCUCACCACACAUAACACAGGACGCGGAGGAAGUCUGACUGCAGGCGCACCGCAGCCUGGCUGCCUGCCCCGUAAAGGCUGAACGUCUGAAAUGAACGGCGCGAGGCUCCAAAUGGAGGAACUGUGUUAUGGAAUCAAAGUAACCCCCUUCAAAGUCGGAAAAGGUGGGGCAUUAUGUAGUUUGCUGUCCACUCUCAACAGGGAAGGUUAAUACAGAAGGAUGGUGAAAUGUAGUUUUGAGUUCAUUUGCUUCUGCAGAGGAGAGGCUAAAACUACUGGCCACUGCAGUCAGUAUGCUAAGAACAGCACCGAAGGUGGGCCUCCCAAGUCACUUUUUUAAUAAUUACUUUUGCCAAGUUCAAGUGGUUCUGAAAGGAUCUUUUUCUCUGCUUCAUGUGCAAUCGACCUUAAGAGUGGGCACUUUUACAGACAGCGGUCAGCUCCAUGCAGAUUCAGCACGGUUCCCACAGGGUACCUCUUUUCAGGUUAGGGAACUUACAGUGCACUUUGCUAACAAAACCUCACAGUGGCUUCUACAGCGCAUGUACAAAAAAAGCGCACAAGAGCUUAGGAGCCUGUUCGCUCUCCACAAGUAUACCUGGUCUCAGGUUAAAGAAUUGGGGGCGGGGGGCAGACCAGCCAAAAACAGUUGUGCUGUUCACAGUCUGGCUUCAUGGAAAUUCAGUGGCAUGUUGAAAUUGGUCAUUACUUUAAGAUUUAAAGGUAGAUGUUCCCAAGUACGAGCCAGGGACAAGAAAUGGUGCCUUCGGAGUUGGGACAUGUUGCAUCCAGGAGAAUUCUGGUUACCUGAAGUGUGGGGCUGUGACACGGGGGACUCACAGUUUGGAUGAACCUGCUACUGAAGGUGAACUUCAAACCACCCUGGCCUAACACAGGAGCUACAGGGUACACAAGCACACCACUCAGCACCAGCAGCAAGGACCAGUCACACCAUGAAGCAGCCCAUCUCCCAGGGGGUCACAGCCACAAGGCUGGUGGGGUACAUACACAGCUCCCUGGGCCCAUGAUCUAAAGCUGGAAUGACCAAGGACUUGGCUGUAGAACUUCAGAAAUUUGGACAGAGCCACACGUGGGAGUGCGGGCAAGCCUACACUCAUUCAUUCAAGGAACACUUCUGUGCUGAGGCCACAGACUCGGAGCAGCCCUUCCACGUCCCUCACAGUGGCCUCACGGUGGCCACCUACCUGUCCAGUGAGAGAGAGGCUUGGGCCACCCUUCCUCAGGCUCCUUCCUGGGCCAACAUCUUGCGUAUGAUGUAGGGCAUAGAACACGGUACAGGAUCCCGCAAUGGAAAAAUAAAAUUACCUCAUUCUUCACUUCAGAUCAGAUCAGCAGCAGUGAUCCAGAUUUUUCUGAAUAAAGUUAAGCCUGCUGAGAGUCAUUCUACAUGUGCUUGGCUGUCCAUUCACAGGCUUUUCAGUUUCACCAAUAAAUAAAUAAGACCAACUUGUGGCUCUAAUUUAAACUGUUGAAACCAAACACAUUAAAAUAUUUGUGCAGCCUUUGAUUAACAUUGAUGAAAGAGAUCAGUAUAAGAUAUAUGUUGCAUUUAAGCAAGUACUGUGUAUGUAAUUAACAGAUGUAAGUUUCUACAUUGUUAAGAGCAUUUAUACAUGCUUUUAAAAUUUUUUUGGAGGAUUCAUGCUCCCCUAUUGU